CCUUUCCCCAUCCCGCACGGGCGGCCGGCCCACUGCCCCCAAAUCUGCAGCGCCCCUCCUCCUCCCUUUGGUCUCCUCGCUGAGCCCAUGGCCGCCUCGCCUCACCACCGGACCGCCGCCCGUCCGGCGCGCUUCCUCCUCUCCUCUCCUCCCUCCCAUCCACUCCUCUUAUGGAGCUGCGCCCACCCAUGCCUCCGCCGCGGGCGCACGAAGAGCGCCGGCUGUCCGCCGCGUCGGCCGCCCCACCAAAUCUGAAGUGCUCCUCCACCGGAGCGGCGCCCGUCCGGCCUCCUCUCGCUCCUCCGGGCACAUCCUCCCGCUCCCUCCUCCGGGCACCUCCUCCCGCUUCGCCCAGGGCGCCCACGGCCAUACAUGUGCCAUCCACCCUGCCCACCAGCCAUGCCUCCGCCGCGCCAUAGGCAGAGCGCCGGCGCCGCGCUACCUCCUCUCCCUCCUUCCGCUGCGCCCACGACCCCCACGCAUCCAGUGUGGCGAACAUGCCCGUCGCCACCCCUGUACGCCUCCUCUGCCGCCGCCAGGCUGACUCCCGGCCCCACCUUGAAGCCGCCGCCGCUGCACACCACGCGCUGCUCUCCUCGCUCGCGUAUCGCCCCGCCUCAUGGCACACUUUCCUCAGCUCCGUGCGUGUAGGCGUAGUUGGGACGCGGGUUGCCCGCCAUGGUCACCGUCCACUCUGUACACUCUGCUCCGCGGCGAGUCGAUGAUGAGGAGCCCGAUUCAAAGGUGAGGAGAAACUGAUGGUUUCCUCUUUAAAUUCGGUGCUCCACCUGAACUCACUUUGUAACAAUCGUGGUGGGCUUCUGCCAUACCACUCAUACCCGUACCACUGGUACUGGACGAAUUGGACGCCAGGGCCCCCAUCUUGGUUGUUCUUCCCCAGCUGCAUACGGAAGAGCCUGGAAUUUACGGCACCUAUAGGUGUUAGGCGAUUUGGACACCGGGGUAGUGAUCUUGGUUGUUCUACGGUCGCUACAUAGCCAGACAUCCAAUCCUAGAGGAACCGCCGUAUGCGUAUGGAACUCAUGGCUAAAAAAGAAAAAAGAGCCUCUAGAGGUAAACAAACAUCACACCAACCUACAAAUGAAGAAUCAUCCACAUCGACAUCACACACACAAAAUCUGGUCUUUGCACAUAACCGAACUAUAUUUCAACCCUUAAACCUUGGAGGUCCCCAUCAUUCUUGCAAACACUGUGGUGCUCUGUUUUGGUAUGAUGAGCGACUACGCAGAGAAAGACAUACUCCAGAUCCAACAUAUAAUUUGUGUUGCAAGGGAGGAAAAGUUUACCUGCGGCCAUAUGAUCCUCCUCCUCAACCCCUCUUGGAUUUACUGACAUCCCAGGACAGAACACUCUCCAGUCACUUCUUUAAACAUAUUAGGCAGUACAAUACAAUGUUUGCAAUGACUUCAAUGGGAGCUAAAAUUAAUGAAACCAUAAAUGAUGGAUGAGGCCCAUAUGUUUUCAAGGUUAGUGGGCAGAUUUGUCACCGCAUUGGUUCUUUGAGACCAACUGGGGAACGACCAGAAUAUGCACAGUUAUACAUGUUUGAUACUGAGCGUGAGGUUUCAAACCGAAUAAAUGUUGCUUCGUCUUCACGCUCUGCUUCGUCUUCGAGCUCUUCAUUCCAAGCUAACGAAGACAUUGUUCAGUCGCUCAUACAAAUGUUGAACACACAUAACCCCAUUGUCGAGCUGUUUAGGACAGCAAGUCAAAGAUUAGCUGGGAGUGAUUGUGACCAUUUAACAAUCAGGAUAUAUGGCAAACCUGAUGCCCAUGGAGACAUCUAUAGUGCUCCAGUUGCGUCUGAGGUUGUUGGAUUAGUGGUUGGUGAUAUUGGGUCAUCUAAUGUAGGAUGAGACAUUAUAAUACAAGACCAUUCAUCACAGUUACAACGAAUUAGUGAGAAACACCCCAAGUUUAUGUCCAUGCAGUAUCCUCUGUUAUUUCCAUAUGGAGAAGAUGGCUACCAUGAUGAGCUUAUGUACCGGCAAAGAUCAAGCACUUCAGCCAAUCAGCGCCAAAAAGUCACGAUGCUACAGUACUACACAUAUAGGUUGCAUGAUAGGCCAAAUGACUUCAAUACUCCAUUACGAUGCAAAAGAUUAACACAGGCUUACUUUGUGGAUGGCUAUUGUUGUGUUGAAACAUUCCGUAUUGGAUUCUACCGCAAGCCUAGCUUUCAGAGUAAAUACAGAUCAUCAUCAUUUAGUUCUUUGGCAAAUUUUGUAUCAAGAGGUAUUGCAUCCGGUUCUUCUGUUGGGCAGAGGAUUAUAUUACCAUCCUCCUUUACUGGAGGCCCUCGCUAUUUAUACCAAAACUAUCAAGACUCCAUCGCUAUUUGUAGAAAAUAUGGUUGCCCAGAUCUAUUUGUGACAUUCACAUCAAAUGCUGCCUGGCCUGAAGUUAUGGAGGCUUUAUCCUCCAUUCCAGGACAAGAGCCAUCUGACCGUCCAGAUAUUGUCAACCGGGUAUUCAAAAUGAAGCUUGAUAUGUUGAUGGAUGAUAUUAAAAAGAAAAAUUCUUCGGUCCCAUAAAUAUAUCUGAGAUAUGGAGUCAAGUACAGCACUUAAAAGCAUCACUUCAGGACAGCAAAACUGUAGGGUCUUUGCACGCCUGAUAAGGCUUUGGGAUGCUAAAAUAAUUAAUCCCAGAUAUGGAGAUGGCUUGCUAAGCAUUGAUGGCAUUCUCUUAGAUGAAGAUGGCAACAUGGCACAGAUGAGUGUGCCCAAAAAAUAUGAAAAACAGUUUCGUGGAUUGCUAUCAGAAGGAUCUGUCUACAUUAUUUCAGAUAUUGUGGCUAUUGAUAACAAAAGCAAAUCAUAUGUCUACCACCAUCAGAACUACAUGUUGCAAUUCAAACAUGACACAAAGGUCCAUGCAUUGCACUCAAGAGGAGCAAAUAUACCUACUGUUUCCUUCAACUUUUGUCCAUUUGAUCAGCUGCCAAGAAAAGCAAUUGAUUCAAAACCACUCCUAGAUAUUAUUGGAGUAAUAAGUGAUGUUAGUCCAUACGAUUAUGCUACCCCAACAUCUCAGAACAAACUUCGGAAGAUAAAAAUCCGAAACCUAGAGUAUGUCUUUCUUGCAACGAUGCCACUUAUUUUCUUCCGCAAAGACCCUUUUUCCUGCAAUUCUAUAAGUAUACCUUGCUUUUCCAAUGAACAAACGCAAGAAGUAGUUCUAUGGGGCAAACAUGGAGAAUCAUUUGAUGAAGAAGCAAUACUUAAAAAAUCUCUAGAAGGAAUUGUGAUAGCUAUUUUUGCUGGUAUAACUGCAACUUCACAGAAGUUUACAGGUACAAUACAAGGAUCUUCAAGUUCGGCAACACAGGUGUAUCUUGACCUCAAUAUACCUGAAGUUCAACACUAUCGCAGCAGCUACCAAUGGAAAUUUCCAACUCUACAAAAGAAUCUCCCUAAAGUCGCACAUCUAUCUCCACUUGAAGCAGCAGGCAAGCUGUAUACCAUUGAACAAAUAUCUACCUUGCCAACCACAUCUUUUCAGGGAGGAGCAACAUUCAGUACUAUUGCAAAGGUGACAUCCAUUAUACCAUCAGUCAAAUGGUACUACAAAGCAUGCAAGCGGUGUGGAAAAGAUUACAACAACAUGUCAGAUACCCCAACAUGCGCCUGCCAAUUUCCUGUUCCAUGCCCAAUGUAUAAGCUCCCCCUUACACUAACAGAUAGCUCAACAAGUUUAGAUGCAGUUGCAUUUAAUAAAGUAGCUGAAGACUUGGUUGAGCGUCAUGUUGAGCAAGUUUCUAUGAACAUGAAAAUAGAUGCUGUGGAUCAGGUGCUUUCCCUGGAUAAAGCCAUUGGUAAAGAAAGGUUAUUCUAUAUAGGAAUGAAUAUUGAUUCAACUGCCAAGUACCCUAUAAAAUGUCCUGAAAAAAACUUUCCCCGUGGACAAUACCAAAUCGGUUCCUCUAUUAACUGCUUCAAAGGUAAGAACUUUUUGAUACUCAUUACCUUCAUAUAUCAUCCUAUUAACUUGACAUGUGAAGCUUUUUCAGUCAGCACAAGAUAACCUUGCACCAACUUCAUCUGUCAUAAAUGCUGAGAGUCCAAGUGCACAGCAGCCAGAGGCCCCCUUGAACAAUACACCUCCAAGUGAUAACCGCACACCUAUCAUUACAAAGGAAAGUGAAUCCAGUUCCGAAGUAAAAAGAAGGAUUGAUUUUGACAAGGAUGAUGCCAACAACUCUAACAGCUCAAAAAGCACAGAUAGUCCUCUUUCGAAAAGGCAAAAGCAGAGUGAGA